AAAACCACAAUUACUUCAGAGAACUGAUCAGUAGAGAUCAAGUUUUCCUAAAGACGUCGUAAGAAGUUUGUAAAGUCGAUGAUGCUGUCAACUCUGAGCGUCCAGCUUUCCGUUCUCCUGCCAGUGUUCUUCUGUCUUCUGGAUGCAUCGCCUCUGUACAGCACUGAGGGUGAAUUAUCUGAAAUAUCUGGAGAUGAUAUUCAAGAGGUGAAUGUGCGCGCUCUUAUAACGGAAGAGCAGAGAUGGCACCUGAUGGCCAGACAACUUCACAGAGACGUGAAAACCCUGCGAGACGAACAGUUUGACAGAGAUUUCAGAGACCCAGCCAACAUGACGUCUUUUGAGGGUUUAAGGACCAACACCCCGGUCCUCAAAGCGUCCGACGGUUGUCUGUCUAGAAACUUCAACAGGGUACGUGUCUUUCAGGAAAGGUGUCUGGGGCGCGUAUACAGCGUUCUGAUGUGGUAUGCAGAGCAUCUGAGUUACAUCGAGAGGGAAAAUCUGACCCAAACCCAUACGAACGAUGUCAAACACGGGACGAAACGAUUUCUGGAGUCCAUUUACAGCCAGGUCCAGCUAAGAGAUACUCAGGUUGAAGAUUUUCCCAGAAGUUCUCUGCAGGCCAAGUCUGCAUGGACACGCAAGACUCUCGUCCACUCCAUCUUAUUCAACUUCACAAACGUGAUGAUCGAUACAUGCAGAGCCAUUCACUACAUGAGCAAACGCAUAACUGGAGACGGUCACCAGAGAAAGCACAGAAAGAAAGCCAGUGACUGGAUCUCAGACAAGAACUGACCCAAGAAGCACUUUUUGUUUUGACUUUUAUAUUUAUUGACCGAGUAUCAUAUUUAAAAUAUUUAAUUUAGGGCAUGCCAACUUAUUUAUUUUUGGUUGUAACUUAUUGAAUAUCUCAAAAUGUAAUUUAAAUGGAUACUGCUGAUGAAUAAUGAUAUUAUUUAUGCAUCUUUUUAUUAACUUCGAAUGAUGUUUUUCAUUUGUACAUGAACACUGAUAAGAUGUUUUUGUAUGAAUUGCUUCAUUUAUUGAUACAAUUGAAUCUGCACUGUUCAGACUGUUUCCAAUUAAUAAAAAACAGAAAAAUAAAAUAACAUUUGGCUUUCGUUCAUUCCUUAUGACCACGUUUUGGACACAGUACAGCCCAGAAAUCAUAAACGACACAUAAAAAAAAAGGGUGGAAGUGACAGUAUAAUAUUUACAUCAUCACAAAAUCAGUAUCCAGGAAGUUCAGAGUUCACUGGAGAGAUGAUGUUGUGUCCUCAGACUGGACAAGUGUUUAUCUCCGAGUGUUCAUUGAGAGUUCUGGAGCAUCUGGAUGCCAUGUCUAG